UCAAGAAAUGUCAGAAACUUAAAUUUACUUGUUGACUGUGAACAAAAGCAACAUCUAAUCAUUUUUAUUUAAUUCAAUUUUAGUUAUUAUUACUUAUGAUUUGAUACAGUUAAAAAGCAUGAAUUUAUCAUUUACUACCACCCUACAAGCUAUUAUUUUAUUGAAACCAAGUUUAAUUUAAUGAUGUCUUAUAAAUCAAACUAAAAAAAAAAUACAAGGUGCAAGUAAAAUUGUGAUUUAAUUCUAUUUAGGUAUUUAUAUUUCUACAAAAAUGUGUGAUAGCUCUAGUACAAAAAGUGAUACAGUGAAUUCUCAAGAAUAUAAAUCAAGUACGACAAAUAAUAGUAAGAAGAAUGUAUCUGACAAGGCUGAGGAGAUAGCAACUACUGAUUCUGAAGAAUACUUGUCUGAACCUUUAAGGUACAAGAACUUCCAAUACUCAGGACAGUCUAGCAGCUCGAAUAUCACCUUGUCUUUGCAAAACGCUAGGAUUGAGGAAGAAAAUGGUAACUGUUUUCCACCAUUUCCACAGUUUUUACACAAUGAGGAUAUUGCCCUUGGUAAUAUUCAAAUUCCCAUUGUUGGUUAUGAGAUUAUGGAAGAAAGGGCUAGAUUUACAGUAUACAAACUGAAAGUAGAAAAUAAACUGACGGGUGGCUUUUGGUAUGUCUUCCGGCGCUACACUGACUUCGUCCGGCUGUGCAACCGACUGAGAACGCUUCACCCGGAAGUUGUUCAACAUUUACCCAGAAAACGAUGGUUGAAGAACAAUUUUGAUCCCAUAUUUUUAGAAGAAAGGGUCAGCGGACUGCAGACCCUCGUCAAUGCUAUACUAAGUGUACCUGAACUCAUCUCAUCACAGGAGAUACAGGAUUUUUUCUGUUUGAACGAACCGCCUGUAUAUUCCGAGACUAGUGAAGAAACCAAAGCAAUAUUCGAGGCCUUAGAAGAGAAUAUUAGUGAUCUCAAAGUGCAACUUCGCGAUAAAGAGGCUUCCAUCGAUUCCUUAGAAACCAAACUACAUUCCUUAGCAAUAGAAAACGAAAAUUUAAGAAAACUAAUCAGCCUUAACAAAAUGUGGCGCAAAGGUAAGCAAAUAAAAUUGUAGAAAAAGUGGUAUUUAAUUUGGUUCUAUAACAUUUAAACGUUUGCUAUUUAAUCCUCUAAAUAUGGACAUUUAUGCAUUAUAGCUUAUUUAUCCCAAGAACAUGUAAAUGUAUAAUAAUUAUAUUGUAUGUAUGACUUAUUUAACCCCUUCUGUACUGUCGUGCGAGCCAUUUUCAACCAGUUCGGCACUGAUCUUUGUUUACGUUAUCGCCUGUAUUCCGCAGCCGUUGAUCAAUCGAGCCAAACAGACUCCUACGAGAAGUUACUGGGAAGUUAUUUUACACACGUACCGACUUAUAGAGGAAGUGUUUCGAGAACGUCUAGAGAUUUCAGGACAGGUCCGAUACGCCUAAUUUUCAUCUAAAUUGAGUUUGUCCAUAGAAGUUCAAUUGAAGGUAGACAUUCGAAUUGUUAGAAAAAUUAGAUUAUAAGUGAAUAAUGCUGAUAUAGAAAAUAAUAAUUUAAGUAUUGAAGGGCUUCUCUAGGUACUUUAUUCAAAACCAUAAAUAAUUUUUAAUAAUAUAUUGUAAACGAAAAAAAUACAUAAAACUGUUUUUUUUAAGACGUCACUCUCCCUUCUUCCAGCUUUCCCUGACCUCUAACCUGAAUUUCUCUUGUUUGAUGGUCUGUAAGAAUGUCAGUGCCCUCUAUCCUAAAGACGCAUAUGUUAAACGUGGCCUUUUACUUGAAAGCACAACUUACAAAAAAAAACUAGCCCAGUAUAAAUAAAGCUGACAUUGCUGCCAGAAGUUGAGAUACUGGCUCGCAGGACAGUACCAUGACUCAAGCGAUUGAUUCAUAUUAUGUACCCAUCUGGUACCAUGACGCAAACGGGCGAUUUAUGCCUAAAUUUAAAUUGUUUUUGUAUGAAAUUUUUUAUUAUUUAGUUGUUAUUUUCUGUUUCAGUAACUCGAUGAUGAGCUGCCAAAAGUGUCAAAAGGAAUGCGAAAAUUUCAAAAAACUAUCCAAGUGAUUUUCGUUUGAAUUCAAUGUGAUCAAUUCGAGUAUUUUCAUUUAUGCAAUUUUUUUUAAUUUAACGAUGUAACAAUCAAAAUAAAAUGAUAAUUUAUUAAUAUAAAACUGCA